AUGCCGAACAAGCAAAUAGUAAAGGCAAACUCAGUUCAUGGAGCCGACAACACCCGGGUUCGCUGUGGCGUUGUUGCGUUCCAACCUGAUGGUCAAGUUUGGAUGGUUGCAUCCAAAUCGGAAGGUUGGAUACUGCCAAAGGGUGGUCUUGACUCAGAGAAAGACACAAGUCUGGAAGAAUGUGUAGAGCGCGAGGCCAUGGAGGAAGCCGGGCUUGAACUUACUUGGAUCGAUCCCCUCGCGAUAAAAGAAGGCACUCUCCAUUGGUAUACGGCCAUAGUAACCAGCAAUGGGCCCCGUACCGAUAAGGAACUAGACAAGCAGAAACGCGCACUUCCCCAGGUAGUUUCCGUCAAGGAAGCAUUCGCACAGCUGAGUCUGGGGGACCAAGACAAGAAAGCAAGCAUGAAGAGGGCCCUAAGAGCUGCGGUUUCGUACUGGGACCCGGCGAAGAACUGGGAUUGCGAAGAGUUUACGACAAUGCCGAUAUAA